AUGCCUAUGAGAAAAAAAAUGACCAGCAGUACCACCACACCCUCACAACCCAAACAACCUUCCUCUCCAAGGGAGUUUUUCCGAAAACUUUAUGGAGAUUUGGAGCAGAAAUCUUCGGCUCAAGACGAAACCAAGAAUAGUAUUAUAGUUAAAAAGUCUGAAACUGAAUUGGUGACUCCGAUACCGAUUUUAGCAUCAUCUUCACUUCCUUUUCUGUUACCGCAUGCCAGCGAUUCGCAGUUGGCCGUUGCAGCAGCAGGAUUGUCGGCUUUCUUGGCCAGAAGACGACGGAAAGAAGGCAGACCGAGGCGUCAAAGAACGACGUUUAGCAGUGAACAGACUUUAAGAUUAGAAAUCGAAUUUCAGAGAUCAGAAUAUAUCAGUCGAGGUAGGAGAUGCGAAUUAGCGGAAUCAUUAAGGUUGUCCGAAACCCAAAUAAAAAUCUGGUUUCAAAAUAGAAGAGCUAAGGAUAAGAGAAUAGAAAAAGCACACAUAGAUCAUCAUUACAGAUUUAUCAAAAACCACCGGAUUUUAUUUAAUCACCAAUUGAAAUAUCGACUAUAA